AUGGAUCUGGUCUUCCGGAAUGCGGUUCAGCUUCGAGUUGCUGAGUUGCUAGAGGAUGCAGUCAAUCAGGCAGAUGUCAGACCUCGACGAUAUAAUCACAGAUGUGAUGCUUUCGAUUUACCUGAAAGACAAUUCACCAAGUUAUUUCGGCUAAAUAAGCGUGUCGCAAAUCAUGUGAUUGAUAUCGUCGAACAAUAUUCAGACGAACCACGAAGAUCUUCAGCACUGGAUGCAACUAUACAGGUUUUAACAACACUACGCUUUCUUGCAUCCGGAAGCUAUCAACUUGACAUUGGACAAAACGUAAAUAUGGCUAUCAGCCAGCCAUCAGUGAGCAGAUCGAUAAAGGAAGUGACAAACAUUUUAGUUCGGCCAGAAGUGUUCGGCACUUGGGUUAAAUUUCCAAAUAAUUUGCAGUCCCUACUUAAAGUUCGGCAUAGGUUUUGGACGAAACAUCAUUUUCCAGGAGUUAUAGGGUGUAUUGAUUGUACACAUGUGGCCAUUUUCCCACCUCUGAGAGAUGAUGUAAAUUUUCCAGAACACAUUUACGUGAAUAGAAAAGGAUACCAUUCCAUAAAUGUUCAACUGGUACUACAGUCAACUGAAGUACCACUCACGACACGUAUAUUUGGAACAAUAGCAAUGUCCUUCCAUUAA